AUGGAAACGCAAAUGAAUCUCCGUUUUGGUGAUCUAAGUGUAGACAAAUGUCCCGAAAAAUAUGACGAUUAUGAGUGUCCAAUGAAGGAAAUUUAUCGUCCAAGGAUGGAACAGUUGGGUGAAACGGAAAUGCUCAAACAACAGAGUAUUCAACAGGUACGCGAAUGGAUCGCCAAGCACCCGGACAUCAAAAGGUGCCGUACCGAUGCUCCUUUCCUGUUGAGAUUUCUAAGAACCAACAAGUUUUCUUUCCUGAGAACUAUCGAAUCGCUCGAGAGAUUUCUUCUGGCUAGAACCAUGCAUCCGGAUUGGUUCCAGAACUUGAGUUUGGACAGUGAUCAGGAGCUUUUGAAGACCAUGGAAAAUGGAUACCUGAUUCCAAUUCCCAAACUUGAUUCCCAAGGUCGGAUUGUUUUCUUCAGCUCCUCGGCAGCCUUGGAACCGAAUCGUAAAAGUAUAAUGGCAGCCAUCAAGAUGAACCACCUGAUGGGGGAAGUUUUCGGCGAUAGUCCGGAGGCUCAGUUCGCUGGACUGGUGCUGAUUUACGACAUGAGCCGGGUCGAUAUGAGCCUGCUGGGAACGAUGACUCUUUACGAGAUCCGGCAGCUGGUGGAGUUGACGAAUUCGGCCAAUGCCGUCCGGGUUCAGGAACUCCAUUUCAUCAACACGCCGGCGGUUUCGAGAACCAUUGCCAAUAUGGUGUUGCAACUGCUGAGCGAGAAGAUCCGGAGCCGAAUUUUUUGUCACGGCUCGUUGGAAGAACUGUACGCAAAUGUUGAUAGGGCCCUACUUCCGGAGGAAUUCGGGGGUACGGUGUCGGUCCAGAAAGCCAUCGAGGAUUUCAAGGCGAUUUGCCAUAAAAUGAAACCGCGAUUGUUGGCCCUGGAUCAGAUGGAAAUCGAUGUCGAACGGGUGACGGAACGGCGCAAUAAAACGGACCCGAAAGGGGAGGAUCUUGGAAUCGGAUGCUUUAGAAAGCUUCAGGUGGAUUAG